AUGAGUUCAGAUGCUGCCGUAGCUCAUGCCGAUCGUAAGAUGGCCCGAGGUGCACUUAUUGUCAUUGAGGGGCUUGAUAGGGCGGGCAAGUCAACCCAAUGCGCGAUAUUGGUCGACAAGCUCCGUGAAAAGGGCCAUGAGACGAAAUACAUUCGUUUCCCAGAUAGAACAACUUCGAUCGGCAAAAUCAUUGACGGCUACCUGCGAGGCGAGACUCAAUUGGAUGACCAUGCUAUUCAUCUGCUUUUCUCCGCCAAUAGGUGGGAGUUAGCGUCUCAGAUUCGCCAGGAUAUCUCCAAUGGCAUAUCUAUAGUCAUUGACCGCUAUUCUUACUCUGGCGCCGUCUAUUCCGCUGCAAAAAAUAACAGGGAGCUGUCACUGGAGUGGGCGUGGCAAUCUGAGAUUGGGCUACCCCGGCCGGAUUUGUGGUUCUUUCUCAAUAUAUCCCCAGAAAAAGCUGAAAGCAGAGGCGGCUACGGCUUGGAAAGAUACGAGAAUGUCACUCUCCAGCUGCGGGUUGGCGAGCUUUUCAAGUCGAUGCAGGGAAUGGAAAACAACGAGGAGAUGCGCAUAAUUGAUGCAAAUCAAUCCAAGGAACAAGUUGCACGAGAUAUCUCUGCACAGGUGCUAGCUGCGGUUGAUUCCAUCGAAGGUCCAUUGAGGCAACUAGGCCACAUGCCCUUUUGA